AUGUCGGUCUCCAAGCUGCAGGACGCGGAGGAUGAGGUUUUCGAGACGCCGCGCCUGGACAGCAGCUUGCAGAAGGCUCGAGCCCGGCUCCUAGCCAAGGGCCGCCGGCACCGACCCUCCCGCUCCCGCCUGCGAGACAGCGCCAGCUCCACCGAGGGCGAGGAGGGGCUCGACGCGGCGGGAGCCGAGGGCAGCCCUGUGGCCCCCGGCUGCUCGCCCCCUGCCACGCCGCCGCUCUUGGCCCCUUCGCCCUUCUCCCGUGGCGCCGAGUUCUCCUUCGAGGCGGGGGCGGUGAGGAGGGCGCUGGGGGAGUCCCCCCCGGCCCCCUCGCCCCCCCUCAGCCGCUACCGGCCCCUCACCAACACCUCGUCCCAGGAGGGGCUGGCGGGCACCCCCUCGCCCAAAUCCUGCCACAGCUCUGACAGCUCGCCCGGCUUCGCCCGCCGUGACGCACGGCCCCAGCGGCACAGCGAAGACGACAGCAGAGACAUGAGCCCCCCCGAGCCAGCCAGCCCCACCGUGGGGCUGGAUAAGAAGACGCGGAGGAAGUUCUUGGAUUUGGGGGUGACCCUCCGCCGGGCGUCCUCCAGCAAGAGCCGCAAGGAGAAGGGCAGCAACCGCCUGUCCAUGGGCAGCAGGGAGGCAUCGGAGGGCCCCGGCCGCCCCUCGGGGUCCCCCUUCCUGCCCUUCUCCUGGUUCUCAGACAGUGCCAGGGGCUCGGCCUCCCCCGGCUCCGCGUCGCCCGCUGGCUCCCCCCGGCACGAGGGGCUCAGCCCCGCCAAAUCCGCCUCCCAGGACUCGACGCUGAGCGACGACUCCCCGCCGCCCAGCUCCAGCCCGCGCCUGCCCGGCCCUGCCGCCACCAAGUGCUCCUACCCCUACCACACGCUGUCGCAGUCCUCGGAUGAGUUCCUGGACGAGCCCCUCGGUGCUGCCGCGGGCUGGACGUGCCAGCAGGUUGGGCAGUGGCUGGAGAGCCUCAACCUGGAGCAGUACGUGGAAGAGUUCUCGGCCCACGGUGUCGAUGGCCCCCGGCUCCUGCACCUCGAUGGCGCCAAGCUCAAGGCGCUGGGGGUGGGCAGCUCUCAGGACCGCGCCGUGCUCAAGAGGAAGCUGAAGGAGCUGAGCCUGGCCGUGGAGAAGGAGCGCAAGGCCCAGGAGAAGGCAGAGAAGCAGCGGGAGAAGCAGAAGAAGAAGGACCAGGAGCAGCGGCGGAGCUAG